ACCCCCGUCCUGUUCCGUCACACAUUCCACACUCCCAAAAUUGAACUGUUUACUACCGAUUUUAGACCUGACAUCUCUCCUUAAAGCGAAAGACACCGCAGCUGCGGCAGCGAUGGCGGCGUCGGCGGCGGCGGCGGCGGCGGAGGUAGAGGAGAACAUUGAAGCCAUGAUCUUGCGGAUCGAGCACAAGUCGAAGAAGAUUGAGAACUUGCUCAAGCAAUCGAAGCCGGUUGAGGCGCUGAAGACUGCUCUGGAGGGGUCUCCAACGAACACGAAGGAUCAGCGAUGCAAGUCGGCUAACUGGAUUGUGGUGCAUCGAGCAAUGAUGGCCAUUAGGGACGUAGAUGGCAUGUUCUCUUCUCUGGACCCGGAGUACUACGACAUUCUCAUGAAGUACCUCUACCGUGGCCUGGCUACUGGUGACCGACCGACAUGCGAUCAGUGCCUUAGAAUCCACGAGAAACUGACGGAGAAAGCUGGGCUGGGAUGCAUACUGCGAUCGCUUGCAGACACUGUAAAUAGUGUGUGACCAUCUUCUGCCAUUUUCUAAAAUUAAUGUAAAAUAUUUAGCUUAAUAUUUGUUGAUUAAUACGUACACUUCUCUUGUAAUAUUUAUCACAGUCGUCCGUCACCUAUUUUAGGGUAUGGGAAUGUUAUGUCAGAUCGAACAACUUUGGUUUAGGUGAAUGGAUAUAAU